GCCAGGCCAAGACCCUGCUACAUACUGGAGAAGGCACCACCUACAAAUCAGAAAACAAGUCCUCAUCAGACACCCAAUCUGCCAGCACCUUAAUCUGGACUUCACAGGCUCCAGAACAGAAUCAAACUGAGGAUCUUGCACCCGCCAGGCAGGCCCCAGGCCACUGAGCUAUCUUUGGCCCAUAACCUUCUUACUUUCUACCUAAUUAACUGUGUGAUCUUCCACAAAACCCCAGAUAACAAACUGAACCACAGGGGAAAAAAACGUUACUAUGUGUUCUUCCUGUACUUCUCAGGAAAGUUGAAACCAGCUGCACAGAUGUGAAGAGAAGGCAAUGGGACAAUCCAACGACAGCGCGGAGCAUGGCUUCAUCUUGGUGGGUUUCUCUGAUCGUCCCAGACUAGAGAUGGUGCUCUUCAUUGUGAAUUUCACUCUGUAUUCAGUAGCUGUGCUGGGAAAUUCAACCAUAAUCCUCGUGUGUGUAUUAGACCCUCGACUUCACACCCCCAUGUACUUCUUUCUGGCAAAUCUUUCCUUUCUGGAUCUCUGCUUCAGUACCAGUUGCAUCCCACAGAUGCUGGUAAACCUCUGGGGCCCAGACAAGAGCAUCAGCUAUGCCGGAUGCGUGGUCCAGCUCUUCUCCUUCCUCUCGGUGGGGGGCAUCGAGUGCAUCCUGCUGGCCGUCAUGGCCUAUGACCGCUAUGCGGCCGUCUGCAGACCCCUGCACUACAUGGUCAUCAUGCACCCCCGGCUGUGUUUACAGCUGGUUGCUGUGGCUUGGGGCAGUGGACUGGUCAAUGCCAUUGUCAUGUCACCACUGACAAUGACUCUGUCUAGAUGUGGCCAGCGCCGAGUUAACCAUUUCCUCUGCGAGAUGCCAGCUCUGAUCAAGAUGGCUUGCGUGGACGCGCGCGCCGUGGAAAUGCUGGCCUUCGCCUUUGCUGUGUUCAUUGUCCUCCUGCCCCUCGCUCUCAUUCUGGUCUCCUACGGGUACAUCGCCACAGCCGUGCUGAGGAUCAAGUCAGCUGCUGGGAGGUGGAAAGCCUUCAACACCUGCAGCUCCCACCUCACGGUGGUCUCCCUGUUCUAUGGGAGCAUCAUCUACAUGUACAUGCAGCCAGGAAACAGCGCUUCCCAAGACCAAGGCAAGUUCCUCACUCUCUUCUACAACCUGGUAACUCCCAUGUUGAACCCGCUCAUCUAUACUUUAAGGAAUAAGGAGGUGAAGGGGGCCCUGAAGAAGGUGAUAGCGAGACAAUCAUGA